CCGAGCGUCGUGCGUAGUCGACGCGUGCCUCUCGCCAUUCGAUUGGCCACCGCGUGUCACGCGAACAUCCGUUAUAUUGCCGGCUGAUCAGUGGGGGAGAGCAGGAACGCAAUACGGCCUCCGCGUUUGUUUCACAUCCUUGGGGACGUUCCGUCAGGGGGAUGAUCGGCAGUAAUGGACCCUCGUGGAUUUCGUGCGAAACGUUGUAACAGUUUUGACGGGGAGUAGUUUGGGGCGCAGCACGUCGGGGUAAUUUCAGUGACGUGUAUCUUCGGUGGUUAUGAUUCGCCCGCGCUCCCGCUCGAUUCGAGGAAGAUAAUGACGCGACGCGUGGGAAGAGGUUAAUCAGUUUUUCCAUAAAUGUUUCGCUAAAUGUGUCCUCCCGCGUGGGAUUAAAAUAGUGCCGGCGGCGCCAAAUAAAAGCUGCUAUCGCGAAGCCGAUCCGCGUAAUCACGUUUCUGCUGCAGGAUAACGACGCGGAAUUUUUUUUCCCUCCGGAGCCAGUAAGGAUCUGCCUUUUUUUUCCUUUUACGUCACGAGGAGCUAAAUUAUGAAGCAAAGGAAUUAACCGAGUUAUGUUCGGGUCCCGCCAUCGGAGAAGAAAGAGUCACGAUAUGAAUCGAGAUGUCGUAAGUGGACUAUAAGCCCGUGUCUUCGGACGAGCUCCGAACCAGCCACACGAAUCGUGGCUGUCCGCAUCUCCCGGGAAACUUUUAAGUAGAUUACGAGUAGGGUCCGCGCGACCCACAAAAAGCCGCAAUCAUUGAUUCUGACGAAUCGACGGUGAUAAUGGGGGUGCAGGAGGUGGAGGAGUCCAACAUCAACAAGAUCGGCGCCCUGAUCGAGAAGGCCAAGUUUUAUACUUCUGUCUGUAUGGGCACUACGGCGAUCCUCGCGGUGUUCGCCUUUUUGUUUCUGAUCCCGUUCGUCGUUGAGCCGGCGAUAACCACCAUUUUGGCGGACUUCACACCGCAUCCGGUCGCCUGUGUCACGACGGAGCAUGUAUACGCGGAGGGGUUGAAGAACUGUUCAUGGGCGAGCUGCAGGGAAGGUUGUACUAGUGCUGCGCUUCGUUGUCAUCAAAUCAAAGUCAACUACACCAGACUCCCGUACGAAGAGUUCGUACGUCCCACGGCGAAGUCGUUGGGUUCAGUGCCGUGGGACGUCACCGACACCAAGUUCUUUGUGAACACAGAAGGCUGCGGCUACCCGCCUAGAGUCAACUGUACCAUUUUCGCGAAGAAAUACGCCUACGAAAACUUGGGGAAGAUAUUUCCUUGUUAUUACAGCAGAACGCAUCCGGAGACAGUUGUCGCAAGAUAUUCGUGGGAUGAGAACCUGCGACAUUUGGUGUUGGCCUUGAUCGUGCCCAUAGUACUGUUCAUUGUGACGGUCGGCGUGCUAUGCUACUGGUAUUGUCCACCGGUGAACAAGUCCUGCGGCGGAUCGACUCGUAAUCUCAUGGACAAGUAUGCUAGAAAGGAAGACAUCUUGGCGGAGGAUGAAUUCGAGGAAGACGAAGAAGAGUACUGACUGCUACCUAGGGCUCACCCCCCGGCGCGGGAGUGAUCCCAGCGAAAUGAUCUCCAGAAUGGCUCCAACGUACUUUACUUUCUAAAUUUAAGCAAUCGAGCAAUAGAACUUAACAAAAAAUUCGCAAAAAGCAGGAAAACGGAAAAUCCCGUUGUUAUUGCCUUUUAUCGGGAGAAUUUACUCCUCAUUAGAGCUGUGCUUGACGCUGCAUCCGACUUUUUUGCUCUCUUUAAAUCUAAAUCUUGUGCUUUCAAUAAACGAAACGUACGCCAGGUUUAUAUGCCAGCGAUAUACAAAUACUUCUCUCUUUUCUUCUCUUUCGACAUUUCGAUUGCACCGAAAUUAAUUACAUACACUUAUUCGAAAGAAAUGCAAACGAUCAGCAAACGAAAGAAUCGCUUGCGAGAGUAUACCUCAAAUUUAUGAUGUAAAGUGGGCCAUGGAUAUAAAAACUCGGAUUUUUCAAUUAUCUAUCAGUAUUUAAUGCGAAUUUUGAGAGGAUAUGGCUCGAAACAUGCGGGAAAUAACGUUGUGCAUUAAUGACAUGCAAUCUGGCACAUUAAUAAUACAUUGCUAAUGCGAUACGUUGACGCUUGUUAAAUUUAAUAUGCGUGAUUGCGCAUCGUGUAGAAUCCUGUAGAAAUUAAUUACGAAAGUAAUUUCAAUUGAAGCAAUUACGAAAUGGCGACGAUGAACUUCCGUGUGUUUCGAGCUUAAUCGUGAUAAAGGCGCGCCUUCCUACUUAUUACGUGAUAAAAGUUUAAGCAGUACGAUAGUUUUUAAACGGCACGGAUUAGGUUUUGCAGCAGCAUCGGGUUUAGAUUAAGCUACAUAGCCGUGAAUUUCCGACUGAGGUCACAUAAGCUGCCCUUGUGACGAUAAGUCGAUCGUGAAGUAUCGAUGAAAGAAGUACGAGCCCAUGGCUCGACGCUAAGCGCAAUAUUUUCACUCUUCGUCGAGCUAAAGAAACAGACUCCAACGCGGACUCCUAUUAGGCCAAUCGCGUUACUCGCUACACUAAAUCAUGUGGUUUUCCAAAACUACUAACGUUUUAACAUUAAUGUCAUAUUCAUACCUCUCUUGUGAUUGCUUUUCUAAAUAAAUCGAGCAAUGGCUGCUUUUUUAUCAUUUUUAAUGCUCUUGAACAAAGCUAUAUAAUAGGAAUAAAAUAAAAUCAUGACUAGAAUUUGUAGAAAUUGUAUUGGAAGAAAAGCUCUGUAGAUAUUAUUGAGAAGAGUACAAAGGCAAUUUAAUUAGUGGAGUUUAUGAAAGUGCUUUAUAAAGAAAAAAGUGAAGCAAGUGACGCGGUUUGCUUUCAAAAUCCGCUUCCGCACCAAGUAACAUAGAUUAAGACUAGGCUAUAAGUUAAGUCUGUGAAUAUUACCGAUCGUAAUUAUAUCGAAAUCGUUAAGAGUUGUUAUGAAUUUUGUACGCGGAUGCAAGCCAGGUCGUGGAUUCUAUAGUCAUAAAGAGAAGAUAUAUUAUAUAAAUUAAUAUUAUAUAAUUAAUAAUACGCGUAUACAUAAAACGCACGUGAACGCUGGUACGCAUUGUGCGCAUAGUUCAUAGGCAUAGAUAUAACGAUAAAUACUUUUAAGUUUGUUUUUCUUCAGGGACGUGCGAACCAUAUUCCGUAAGCUACGAAACAUUUAUUAUUGAAUGCUCGCAAAUCGCUCAAACAGCAAUAGUUAUUUUAUCAAACGAAAUAUUACUAGUUUCGCAAUAAUAAAGUUUUGCAAAUAAA